AUGAGGGUCGACCCCCCCCCCCAAAAAAAAAAAAAAGAGAUCAGAAUACAACAAUACCGGACUUUUUUUUUCUCUCGUGGAAGGAGGGGGAAGGAGAGCAAGGCGGCGCUUAACGAAAAAGCAGCUAUAAGGAGCGGGGAACAGAAGGCAACGCCUCGUUACGUUUACACCCAUUCCGCUGAGGCCGUCAUCAACCGAGCCGAAGGCCCUAGCGUGACCCACCAGCACCGCACCGGCCUUCUCCCGCUUGCCACGGUGAAAUGGUCCGUGCAAUCAGGCGAGUCAGCGGACCCAGCAUUGGGCGACCAGGGCGAAAAGCAGCUUGCUGGGGAGGAAGUUGGGCUUCAACUGUGCCGCGGAUGCUUCGUGCCUCAAUUCUUUCCACGAGCUUACGCGGGCAGCUGGCGAGGGCGACGGGACGAAGCAAGGUGGGAAGCAUUUGCCCAGCUUCCCAGGCUUGAGGAGUGCGAUAGUCACAAUGCCCGCUUUCCAGGAGGCCGGAACGCCACCGUCGCUGAUGCUUCUGUUGAACGCAGCCACGAAUUCUUUGCGGGGGGCGAGGGGCAGUUGUCGCCGGGCUUCGCAGUGAAGCGAAGCCCGGCCCCGGCGCACUCCGGAGACGCAUCUCCCGCGAUGCAGCGUCGAGCUCCGCAAAGGGAAAUCAGACUUGGCGGCGCACGCUCGCGCCCAGGUGUCGGUGCGCUCCUUUGUGGCGGUCGGUUGGCCAUCCGCCACCGCAACCGGAGAACUGGCGGGGCGCGGGCGUAA